GGGUAUUUUACGUUUACUAUUAGAUGGAAUUUUACUGGGGAUUCCUCUGUGAGAAUAUGAAUACAUGAUCUGGAUCCAUUCACUGUGAUCCAGUUUCCACUGGGCGGGAGUGUCUCACCUACUACUGUUAUGAGCAAUCAAAGGAAUGAGGGUAAACCUGUUUAUACGACAGGUAUGGCCUCGUCUGACGAUACUGAAGGCUCUCUCACCCCGGUGGAUUUUAUCCAGCUGCAGCAUUACAUGGAAUACAGCACUCUGAGGGUGAAAGAUGUGAUAAAGGAGUUUCACCCUGGGGGUCGUUUGGCUCAACACAGCUUUGGAGAAUGUGUCGAUGCUUUGGGUUUCUGUCUCUUUCUCAAGACCUACCUAGAGGUGGAUGACUUCCCUGCAGAUUUCUGCCAACGUCUUUUUCGCUAUUUCCAACAUGUAGAUCAUGAUGGGUCUUCAAAGAGCUCUCUGCCCAAGGGAGGCGGCGUCUUUCUCCGUGAUGUGUCCUGCUACUUUUCUGUGUUGGAAGAAGCACAGCCCCGGGAGAAACUUGAAUUUACUUUUAAACUUUACGACAAAGAUGGAAAUGGACUCCUGGACAGUUCAGAAGUGGAUCGUAUUAUCACCCAGAUGAUGCGAGCUGCUGAUUACCUGGGCUGGGACGUCACUGAACUCAGACCAGUGCUUAAGGACAUGAUGACAGCAAUUGAUGUGGAUGACAGUGGCACCGUCACCCUAGAGGAGUGGCUGAAGGGAGGCAUGAACAACGUGCCUUUACUUGUUCUGCUUGGCCUUAAGAUGACAGAGAAGGAUGGGCAUCAUAUCUGGAGGAUGAAGCAUUUCAACAAGCCGACUUACUGUAGUGUGUGUCAAAGCAUGCUGCUCGGCCUUGGGAAGCAGGGACUCUGUUGCACCUGUUGCAAGUACACCGUUCACAGUCAGUGUGCCAACAAGAAUCCUGAACCCUGCGCUCGCACCUUUGUCCAAACCAAAAAGGAAAUUGGUAUCGCGGUUCACGACUGGAUCAGAGCUGACUGUAACUCCACCAAGUGUGAAGUCUGCCACAAGAAGAUCAAAACUUUAGCAGGGAGGCGUUGUGUGUGGUGCAAGGAUAUGCGUCACGAUGAGUGUGUUUUAAUCGGCUUGUCGUCCUGCCAUUGUGGGCCACUGAAAGAUCAUAUCCUCCCUCCGUGGGCCAUACAUGCUGUCUCAAAGGAGGAGGAUACCAGCCUGUUAAAUGUCACUCCUGAUGGACACGUCCUGCAGAUUGUCCCCAUGGCAGACACUCAUCCUCUGCUGGUCUUUGUGAACCCUAAAAGUGGAGGAAAGCAGGGUGAAAGAGUGCUCAGGAAGUUUCAGUAUCUGCUGAACCCACGUCAAGUGUACAAUCUGUCAAAUGGGGGUCCUGCACCAGGAUUACACUUCUUCCGCAACCUGCGUAAGUACAGGAUCUUGGUCUGUGGAGGAGAUGGUACUGUCGGAUGGCUGCUGGAUGCUAUAGACAAGGCAGAGCUUCAGGUUUGUCCUCCAGUCGCCGUCCUGCCUCUGGGCACUGGGAAUGACAUGGCUCGCUGUCUACGCUGGGGAGGAGGAUACGAGGGCUCAGAUUUGAGUGAGAUCCUGAAGGAGAUUGAAAGCAGCGAGGUGGUUCCACUGGACCGCUGGAGCAUCCAGGUGAUACCAAAUGACCCCAAAGAUGCAGGAGACCCUGUGCCCUAUGAGAUUAUCAACAACUACUUUUCCAUUGGAGUGGACGCUUCCAUCGCUCAUCGUUUCCACUCCAUGAGAGAGAAAUUCCCUCAGAGGUUCAAUAGCAGAAUGAAGAAUAAGCUGUGGUAUUUUGAGUUUGCUACUUCUGAGUCCAUCUCUGCCUCUUGCAAGAAGUUGAACGAGUGUCUCGCCAUUGAGUGCUGUGGAAGACAUCUGGACCUGAGCCAUUUGCCUCUGGAGGGCAUAGCUGUCCUCAACAUACCCAGCAUGCACGGAGGCUCUAACCUUUGGGGGGAAUCUAAAAGGCCAGACGGUGGACCAGAGGUUCAGCCAAGUGAGGUUAUCACUGAUGUCGAACAUCUUAAAACAGUCACACAAGACAUCAGUGAUAAACGUUUGGAGGUUGUGGGGCUGGAAGGAGUCAUCGAGAUGGGACAGAUCUACACGGGGUUGAAGAGCGCUGGGCACAGACUGGCACAGACGUCUCGGAUUACCAUCAGGACAAUCAAAGCACUGCCCAUGCAGAUUGAUGGGGAGCCCUGGAUGCAGCCUCCCUGCACGAUCCACAUAACUCACAAGAACCAAGCUAACAUGCUAAUGGCUCCACCGACAAAACCCACCGGCUUCUUUCAGUUCAAGUAGAGAAACUGGCUCAUUGCAGCAGUGAGACCACCUCCUCCAGUCACUGAGCAACGAAGACCACACCACCACUACCAUCACUGCUGUUAAUAAAAUUAUUUUUGUGUACUGUAUGUAUUUUGCAUCUCAUCCCUGAAACAAACUAAUGUGUGUGCCAACGUCAUAGUAAUGCAGUGAUUAUAUGUUUUGUAAAUAAAAUAUAUUCGUAUACUGUGUACACGAUGUUCACAGUAAAUACAUUAAAUGUGCAUAUUUUUAUGUUUUAUGUUGUGAAGGCUUUCUCUCUAAUAGAUAAUGUUUUAUAUUUAUUUGUCAUGUUAGAUGUCAUUUCUCUCAUCUGUUUGUUCAGAUGUUAUGUCAGUGAAUGUCCAGACAAAUUUUACUGCUUCCUAAACAGAUAUUUAAGGAACAAUAGGAAUGUGUUUGUGCCCACAGCAGCAGCUGGCUGAGAUGACAAUAAGAAAAUCUUGUUGAAUGUGGCUGAACAGGGUUUUAUAAAAACUGGUGUUACUCCUGAAAGUAAAGGGAAUUUAAAGUAUACAUCUGAUUUUUCUUAUCCCAUGAAUAAAAACAAUUGAUAGACAGCAACUAAUAUAAAGUAUUUCAGUCUUUUUAUCAAAUUGCUUUCAGUAAAUUUGUCAAAAGUGCUGUUUCUUUGUGUCAUUGGUAAAGCUGCUCAGAUUAAAUAUGACAUUAUUGAUGUAAUUAUGACAUUUUUUGUGACCGGAAACUGGUUGAACUUGUACUUGUAUUCAUUUAUGUUUAUUUCAUAUCUUAUUGUCAAACUAGUUGUUAUUUCUGUCUGUGUGUUGACAAUAUUGUUUUCUCUGUUUCAGUGAUGUUAGAACAGCAAGAUGAAGUGACUGCUGAAGUAGAUGAAGAAAAAUAACUAUAAUACUUUGCCCCAGGACAAGUUUGUGUUUCCUGGGAAGUUUAUUGGACAUAAGAUUUGUUUUUGGUUCUUCUGUGAUGUGAGAUUUUUAUAUUUAUGGAAAUGUUAUGGAACAUUAAAUCACACUGGAAUCAGACUUCAGAUCAGUCAGACAGUUUUCA